AUGUACUGGUGCCGACCUUUAAAUCUUCUCGACAAUAUGAUUAUCCUGGGGUCAUUCACUACCUAUCUUUCAUUAGGUUUAUUUGUUGUCAUUUAUCUCGCUUGCUACGACUCCCCAGGUCCUUUUAUUUGCGCUUCUACGAGAUUUUUUGUGGUCCUUGCUGCACCACAUAUAACAUUCAUCGGAAAUCGGCCUGUUAUCAUUGUCGAAAACUACGCCAUAUUCUGUGGAGAUGCUGAUGAAAAGAAGGCAAGAGGCUGCUCGAUAGCUGUGAGAAAGAACUACAACAACCUGGUGGAAGAGUUUGCUCAACGUCGUCUUGAUGUGCCCUUGCAUGUCUUAUCGUAG